AGGCUCGUUAGACUCACGUCUGCUUUUCUCUCUUUUGUCUGUUCUGGCUUUUCUUCGCUUCUUCCUGAUAAUUUUUACUCCCUACCGUUGUUUAGGGGGGACUACAAUUCCGAGCCAUCAGGCCACUGGAUGGGCCGACCCUAAUACAUAACCGCCUCGCCCCUUCAAGCGCUGGAUGAGCCGGGGUUGAACUCAAGGCCAUAUACCAAACCCAGUGGAGCAUUCCCGCUACGGCGAAGCCGGAUCGUCAUUUUCGGGGACCGCAGGCCGCAACGACGCCCGACGAGAGAGACACUGUGUAUCUUUUCUUGGGCCGCCCUUCAUGUUGUGCACUAGUGAGCCGUGGUGAUUAUGACCGAGACACUCGGACUUCAGCCAGAAAAUAAAGGAAAACGAUGGCUUCGAAGCGGCCGGGACCGCACACCUUCGGCUGGUCGGGUGACACUGGAGCUAGGAACCUGGGCGCCCCGAACGGAGAGGUCAAGUUCAAACUCCCUUGGAAUGAUGGAAAGAAGGCCGAACCGAACCGACAGCCCGGGCGGGCCAUUCCCCAGCCAGCUCUGUCCAGCCGAUUGCCGCAGCCUCUUUCCCAUCGUCGCCCCUCUGACAGCCAGCUGGAGCAGCCGCGUGUUGGUCAGCCGGCACAGUUCCGAACCUCGAUCGGAAGUACAAGCAGUUUGGCCAUAGCUGGAGUCAACGGUCCAGCUUCAUCCAUCCCAGCCUCGAGCAGGCUCCCAGCUCCUAGCUUAAAGCCGCGAAAUGUCCUGAGGCGAAAGCGAUCAGGACUAUCCCAGGACGCAGGCUGCUCCCGCAACGAGUCUCGAAACAACUCGACGGGAACCGGCUCUACCGAUUCAAAUCCGCGUUCGCAGACGCCUCUAGACGCCAUCUCCCCUCUUGACCGCGAGCUGACCCAGAGUCCCCUGGAAAUUCGAGUAGCACAACAGGUAGAGAUUCCCAGGACAAGGGCGCAGGCCGUGACAAUAUACCCCGAGUUAGACAGGUACCGAGAUUCCCAGCUGCCUGCUCAGGACGAGGGCCCCGGUUUCAAUGUUCCAUACCGAAUUGCGACACACGACCUGCCUCCGCCCACGCCUCUCUUCUCCGGAACGAGCAGUCAACUCAGUGCCUUCAGCGGGAGCCCGUCAACAAGGUGGUCGGAAUCACCAGGUCCCGGUCCAUACAGCCGAGACACCACACCAACAUCUGUGUCGUCGCAAUCCCCGGGACUGGUGGUCCCAUUGCGUAUCCCUCCGCCAGGGUUCAGAUUCCGACAUGCGGAUCCGGCUUUGGCGCGUCCUCCGGUGACUCGAAGGAGAGGGGGGAGCAUAUCGAAUGAAGCUGCAUCUCUAAGCGCUGAUCCACAGGGUCUGGCCGCUGUAAGAGAGUUGUCAACAUCGUCCUCGUCCAACUCGACGGUCCGCGCCGAUGGUAAUACCAAAGAGAAGAAGAAAGGUAAGAGGUCGGCAUCACCCCCAAAUCCUCCGCCUCGGAAAUCGUCGCACAAAUCGAAGGAGAGCCGCGAUCAAGAACCCGCCGCCUCCCAGACCCGCUCCGGGAGUGAUAGACCGCAUGGAGUGUUGUCUUCGUCAGCCAAAGCCGCCUCUUAUUCUCGACCGCGGCCUACUCAGGUUGCACAGCCCGCCGCUUCACACAAGCCAACACCGCCCGUUCGACCCAGUCGUGAGGGAACGCUCGACCUCCACACCCAGUUGGACCAUCCCAUCCCAGUCAUUCAGAGCAACCUGUCCUCAACAUCGCUCUCCGAGAGACGACAAAGCAGUUUCUUAGCCCCCGGCCCUGCCAACCGGCUAGCCCCUUCACCGGCUAUUUCUGACGGGUCAGCCCAAGCCCCGAGACGAGUACCCGCAAGAGAACUCGACCCUGCGCCCAGAGCUGCUACUACUGGCGAGGUGGCUGAAGCAUCGAAACAAGAGCCUGGGAGGGGCAUUCGAACUCCAAGCCCAGGCGUGUCGGUGUCGACUUUCAGAGCUCGGUUUCCCCUCUUUGGAAGACGGACAAAAACCGCGCCAGAGUCAUCCACCCAGUCGGAUAAAAAAGAGAAGGCCACCAGGAAAGGGCCCGCAGCAGGAACAGGCCAUGAGGGUUAUGGCCGACUAGGCUCAGUGCGCCGGAGGAGCAGUAGCGUGGCAAACACGGCUCGUGUGAUCCCGGGGACUAUGUCCUCGCAGGAAAGCUUGAGCAGCAGCCAGUCUUACGAUCCCUUCUUGAUGGAGCGGAUGGCGCCGGUUAUUAUUGCUGGCGGGGAAGUCGUUGAGAACAGGAAUACGAGCUCGGACUUGACACGCACCACAAGUAACCAGAGCUCAACUUUGAGGAGACCCAGCGUCGAGUCUCACAACAGCUCUCAGUUGUCAUUGUCACCUAGGGAAGCCGCCCGCGGCACACUGUGGCCGUCACCUUUCCCCCGCGACGUUACGCAGACACCUUCGCUAAGCAGUCGUAGGCCUUCUGAGAGCAGCGAAUCCGACGCUCUCGCCAUGAAGCCUACCUUAGCUCUUAGGCGGUCAAUGCAGCGGCUGAAGUCUGGUGGACAGGAACUCCCACGACUGCCAACGCCCAUCGCAACCCGGUCUCGGGUUGUCUCACCCUCUGUGACGAGCCUGGAUGCGAGCAUCAACUCUAUCGACUCUACAAUCGAUCCUCUGGCAGAACCCACAUUUCCCAGCCAGCAAUCAACAACCGUGGCUGGCUCAUCUGGGUCGAAGAAGCUCUUGAAACGAGCUCGCUCCCCCCGCAAGUGGAAUCUCUUUAGUCGGUCCCACACCCAGCCUGCUGCUGAGAAAAAGGAGGCAGCCAAGACGGUGGCCGCAACUGUCAAAGUUGUGCAGAACAAGCCCAUGGCGUUUUACACAAUGAUGGACUCAUCAGAGCAAGACGAUGCCGGGACGCCCGAUCUGGAAGAGCUGCUUCGCGAAGCCAAGGGCACCGAGACCCCUCCUCAAAAACCUCCACCCAGAGAGACAGAACCUAGACGGCGUUCCGUGACUCAAGAAUCUAAGCCAGCGGACUUGGCAGGAUUCGACCCUGGCGUCAGCCAGCAUUCACUGAACCCAAAGCGGGCUGUCACGGUUCCCACGCUUCUGACCAGGCCCUCACCCAUCCCCCAAGCGAGCGCUGUAACCGAGCAAGUGCCGAAUCCAGGCAAGCAACCGGCACCUCCACGUCAGGUUUCUGGUCGACCCAGCAGGCUCCCUCAAGUCGGCCGCAUUCCCAAGGUGGUUAGCGCCAGGGCUGAGCAAACUUCUCCCAAGAGCUUUUCGAGACCGUUCCAUAGACUCAGCAUACAGGCACCUCCCAAGAAGCCCGAUCCUCGCGACCCGGAUUCGGUGGCAAAAGGACCAAGCCCUCCUAAGCCGUCCACGCCGGAGCCUGCAUUCGAGAGAACAGAGGCUGCGUACGAUUCUAAUAUAUCAGCUUUGAUUUAUGGCAUACCGAGACUACCACCCCCGACCUCUACCGCCGCCCCACAGGAAUUUCUCUCCUUUCCGCCCCGGAAGGACUCUCAAUGCACCACGACAACGUCCUCUAGCAGCUCCGGUGGCCUUAUAGCGUAUGCAGAUGCCACUGCCAUCGUUCCCUCACCAAACGCACCUCUUGCCGAUGACGAGAUCUGGGAUGAGUAUAACGAUCUUCUUGGAGAGGACACUGUUCAGCUAGCGACAUUCGAACAGCCAUCCUUGCCGAGACCGCUCCCCUUGCAGUUGGCUUCGCACGACCACGCCAAUCUAAUCGAACCUUCUAUGGAGUCACCGACGCUCAGUCCUCCUCCCUUGCCGAGCAUAGUGCAAGCCCUACGCUCAGGUAUAGAGCAGCCGUCGUCGAGCAUCUGCGGCUCGGACAUGAUUGAGGAGGUCAGGCGAAUGCUUGACAGCGAUCCGGCCCAACACUCGCUAGCCUCCGUUCAAGACACCUCUAGCAGCCAUAAUGAGCAGCUCCGUAGCUCUGAUGUCGGCAAGCAAGUAGAGGAAGCAGAACCUCCGAAUCAGGACGGGACUUCUCCGUCUGGUCACCAAACUCGACGGUCAGAUGCGAGUGGCAGCAGCCAGGGCUCGGAGGACGCUUCACCGAUAUCCCAGGUUAACCUGCGGGUGGGCUCCAUGACUGUCAGCAAGUGGCUUACAUUCGGACAUGUUCUCUUCAGCCCCGUGCGGGAUGGAUUGGUCUCUGUCGUUGGUUCACUCAAGCGACCCUCAAUACUUGUGGUCGACGGUCUUGGGAACGAUGACUGGUCUUUCUAUGCUGCCGAAACAUAUCCGGAGGCGACGUUUUUCAAUCUAUCGCCCCGCCAGCCUCUCUCGGCUGAACACAGAAACUCAUCCGCCUUCCCUCUCACCCCUCCGAACCACCACCAGAUCGAGUAUCCUUCCCACACAACCAAGUUUCCGUUUGGAGCUCAAAGCUUCACAGCUGUAGUUUACCGCUUUCCGGCUGCAGCUCCAGAGUCGCAUUACCGCAAUAUCAUCUCUGAAGCACGGCGAGUGUUGAAACCCGGAGGCUUCAUCGAGCUCUCAAUCCUUGAUGUGGAUUUGAACAAUAUGGGUAAUCGCGGCCGCCGCGCGGUACGCCGUCUCAAGGAGCGCAUUCACGCAAGAGCCCCGGACACUAGCCUCGGGCCAGCGUCUGAUCUCAUCCUACGGUUGAUUGGCAGGAGGGGGUUCACAGAUAUCAAGACAUGCCGGGUUGGCGUCCCUGUCGCCAGCAUCGUUGCCCGGUCAUCUGGUAGCGAGACAGGCGUAGGCGAGGGGAAGAGGAGCUCGACGGGCGCUGCCAGCAGGGGCAAACCCACGAAGGAUGAGCGCAGCCUUCCGGAAAUGAUCAAUGACGAGGGGCCGGUAGCGGACGAAAGCAUCACCAAGUCAGUUGCCAGGGUUGGCCGCUGGUGGUACACACGUUGUUACGAAGGCGCUGCGGUUCCCGGCAUCAGCGCGGGUUCACGAUCCAGCAUGUGGAGCGACAAGGCGCUGCUCGCUGAGUGCGAGGAAUGGGGCACGAGCCUCAAGCUGAUGGUAUGCCAUGCGCGAGCGCCGGAUGGGAGGGCGCGCGUUGCAAGCAUCUGAACCGGGACAUUGCUCCCUCACUAAUCGACCCCCAUCUUCCGCAUCUCAACCUAUCCGGCUCCAUUAGAUUCGCAUUUCCUGGUCACACGAUUUUCAUGGAGCA